GUGCAGGGAUGGGCCCCGCUAUGGAGCGGAGGCAGCGGGGAUGCCGCGGAGCUCCAGCCUGGGGGUGCCGCCGCCUGCUGCCCCUCCUCAGCGCCCUGCUCUGCGCUUCUGGGGACACCAGCGUUGGCCCGAGCUGGUUAAAAACUUAUGGUUAUCUGCUUCCUUCUGACACACGAAUGUCUGCUCUGCACUCAGGAAAAGUUAUGCAGUCUGCAGUCACCACUAUGCAGCAGUUUUAUGGCAUCCCGGUUACAGGAGUGUUGGACCAGACCACUAUUGAGUGGAUGAAGAAGCCUCGUUGUGGUGUUCCUGAUCACCCCCAUCUAAGCCAUAGACGAAGGAAUAAGCGAUAUGCACUAACUGGACAAAAAUGGAGGCAGAAGCAUAUCACAUACAGUGUACACAACUACACCCCCAAGGUUGGAGAGCUUGAUACAAGGAAAGCCAUUCGGCAAGCAUUUGAUGUUUGGCAGAGGGUGACUCCGCUGUCCUUUGAAGAAGUUCCUUACCAUGAAGUUAAAAGUGACAGAAAAGAGGCAGAUAUUAUGAUAUUUUUUGCUUCCGGUUUCCAUGGCGACAGUUCUCCUUUUGAUGGAGAGGGUGGAUUCCUAGCCCACGCUUAUUUUCCUGGACCAGGAAUAGGAGGUGAUACUCAUUUUGACUCAGAUGAACCGUGGACACUGGGGAAUUCUAACCAUGAUGGAAAUGACCUCUUUCUGGUUGCGGUGCAUGAAUUGGGUCAUGCGCUAGGCCUCGAGCACUCCAAUGACCCCAGUGCCAUCAUGGCUCCUUUUUAUCAGUAUAUGGAAACACACAACUUUAAAUUACCGCAGGAUGACCUCCAAGGAAUUCAGAAGAUCUAUGGUCCACCAGCUGAGCCACUGGAGCCCACCAGACCUUUACCAACCCUUCCUGUACGUAGAAUCCAUUCCACUUCAGAAAGAAAGCAUGACAGGCAUUCAAGACCUCCCAGACCUCCAUUAGGGGACAGGCCUUCUGCUCCAGGCAGUAAACCCAACAUAUGUGAUGGGAACUUCAAUACCGUGGCAUUGUUCAGAGGAGAAAUGUUUGUUUUUAAGGACCGCUGGUUUUGGCGUCUCCGUAACAAUCGUGUGCAAGAAGGAUACCCCAUGCAGAUUGAACAGUUCUGGAAAGGGCUCCCUGCAAAAAUUGAUGCUGCCUAUGAAAGAUCUGAUGGAAAAUUUGUUUUCUUUAAAGGAGAUAAAUACUGGGUUUUUAAGGAGGUGACGGCAGAGCCAGGGUACCCACAUAGCCUGGUGGAGCUGGGCAACUGUCUUCCCCGGGAAGGGAUUGACACAGCUUUACGGUGGGAACCUGUAGGCAAAACAUAUUUCUUCAAAGGAGACCGAUAUUGGAGGUAUAAUGAAGACAAGAGAGCAACAGAUCCAGGCUAUCCCAAACCCAUCACUGUAUGGAAAGGGAUCCCUCAAUCUCCACAAGGAGCUUUUGUCAGCAAAGAAGGCUUUUAUACCUACUUUUAUAAAGGUAAGGAAUACUGGAAGUUCGAUAACCAGAGGCUGACUGUGGAGCCAGGAUACCCCAGGUCAAUCCUCAAAGACUGGAUGGGAUGCAACCAAAAGGAGGUUGAACGAAGCAAAGACCGGCGCCUCUCUCAUGACGAUGUGGAUAUUAUGGUGACUAUAAAUGAUGUGCCUAGCACCGUCAAUGCAAUUGCAGUUGUGAUCCCCUGCAUUUUAUCUCUGUGUAUCCUUGUCCUGGUAUACACAAUCUUCCAGUUCAAGAACAAAGAGGUCCAGCAAAGUGUGACCUACUACAGACGACCUGUCCAAGAAUGGGUAUGACAGGCUCAGCAGCUCAUUUGGAUCCACAUGACGACAGUGAUGGGCUGCAGACAUUUAAAAAAAGGGGAAUCGAAGGAUAGCCUGCCAAACAAACAAGCCAACGCAAAACUCUUCAAGAGAUUAGAUGAGUCAGAUAGAAUUCUGGGACUAAAAGAACGAAAACAAAAACCAACUAAACCCAGGUGGCCUUGCACGGUAGAGCCGCUUUCCUUCUGACUGACUGCCUCAGUGCCGUGUAUGUCUCGGUGUGACAUUUUUCACCAACCCACUCAGUGAGUGUCGGAGACCUCAAGAGGAGUUUGCUUCAACCUUUUUUCAAUUCACCUGAGCAAUCUUCUUCAGUGCCCUCUUUUAAACCCAGCAUUUGCCAGUGUAGCCAACCACCACUCAACGAGUUUUUUUUCUACACUUGUCUCAUUAAAAAAAAGGUAAUUCUGUGGGACACAAAAGGAAUACUUCAGUACCUUCUGAGGAAGACAUUCUGAGGCUGAAUCAUUCUGAAAGAUUUAAUUUAUUACAGGAACCAGGCAAUUACCUGGAUACCAUUUUUCCAAUACCUGCUGGUCAGAUGUUUUGUACAUUCAUGGUAAUUAGCUGAUGUUCCCACUCUGCAACAGCAGAUACACAUAAAGAGCUCUUAGGAGGUAAUUCUGUGUAGACCACAACUUCAAACAGCUCUAAAGCCAGAUCAAAUCACAACAGCAAGUAACAGUACUGAAAUUCUGAAUUCAACCAUAGUCUGCAAGACUACGCAAUUGGUUCAAACACUAAUAAAGUGAAUGCAGACCUUAAUACUCUUGUUUUUAAGAACCUGUCAUGUAAUUAAUAUUUAAAUGUCAUAUUACCACAAUUUUAAGUUGGCAACAAUAAAUUAAUUGUUACCAUUAUAAGAUUAAAUAUAAGUUCUCUGAUAUUUUCAUUUGUUUGCACCGGGAAAAGUGGUGUGUAUGUUAGGAUGUGGACAUUUCUUCAGUGACAUUGAAAUGAGAAUUUUAUUCAUAGUAAUGAAGUUUA